AGAAAGACUACUCCGAACCAGGCGAGCAGCCGCCACCGUGACCCGCGACCUUUCCUUGUCAGGCUCAGAUGGCGCUCUCGCAACUCUCCCGCCGCCUCCUGAGCCCGACGGCCGCCGCGGCGGCGCAGCUCCCCAAGACAUUCUCCCAUGGGCGCGAUCCAUUCAUGAUCAUCCACCCGGGCCGCCGCUUCUUCUCGGCGUCCGCAAACCCCAGCUCCUCCUCCACGCCGUCAGAGCCCGAGCCCGGCCUCGGCCCCCCCGGCUCCGCGCCCGCGUCGCCUGACGAGAUGCGGCACCAGGAGAUCGAGGGCCCCACGGUGGAGCGCGACACGUCGCCCCUGGCUGACGAGACGCGGCGGGAGAUCGACGCGCUCCGCCGCACCGUGCAGCGCCUCAGCGGCUCGCUCGCGCUCCUCGGUGGGGCGCACCUCGCCGCCGGCUCGUGGAUCGCCUACGGUGCCCCGCCCCUCGGCGUCGAGACCGCAGCCGCGGUGCAGGGCGUGGCGGCGUUCGCGUUCCCCUUCGCGGUCGCCCUGGUGCUGCGCCGCGCCAUCAAGCCCAUCGCCUUCUUCCAGAAGAUGGAGGCCAACGCGAGGCUGCAGGUGCUCACUCUGUGCCUCCAGGCUACGAAGAUCGUUAACCUCAUGCUGCUCCGGACGCGGGUGAUGGCCAUCUCUUGUGCUCUCGGGGUGUCUGUCGCGUCAGUAGCUGCGAUAUUGAUGCGGUGAGUUUAAAGCUCAGAUCUCGUCGAGAAGGAUGGUUAGUAUCAGUAACUGAGGAAUAAUAAUGCACUGUUAAUAGGCAAAUAGACUUCGAAGUUGGAAAAUUUGGUGCUUUUGGAUGUUGGACUGUGCUUAGUUUUGGUCAUUGUACACGAAACAAAGGAGAUUAUAAUGUGAUUGUCAUUGUUUGAGAUA